GGGUCAGUGCAGAAAAAUUGAGGCAGACACAAUCGCCCGUUUGGUUGAGCCCGUCGGAUCAAGGUCAUGUAUGCAUUCGAGGCAUAUGUUUUUUUUUGUCUUGUUCAUUUGUCGAACAUAGUUUAGUCCACUUUAUUUUCUCACAACGGCUAGCAUCGUACCUAGUGUGUGUCUCUUUAUUGCUGACACCGGCAUUUGAGAAGAGACGAGCAAGCAGAUUCCAGCCACACAUUACGGUAACGGAGCUGCCGGCAUUGACAGAGAAGGAGGGGUCUUUAUCAUUGAUAUGCACUCACGAUUGUGCAAACAGCAGGUAUUCAGGAUCUUCCCCCGUAAUAUGAUGUGAUCUGCUUGCGAAUGUUGUGAUCUAUUGAACAGCCAUUAUGCAGUCAAAGAGGAAGAAUUGCACAUACACGGGUCGGUAUCUGUAAGCAGUUGGAGAGGUGUUUGAAGGAUGAAUAGUCCACAGUGGACCUGGAUCCAGGAUCUGGGGUCAGAUAGCCAAGGACAGCUUCCAUUAAAACCGGUUAUUCACAAAGCAUCAUGUAUGCGUCCAUUCAGGAC